CGAAAAGUGACACAGCAGUUUUUAAAUGGCUUCACUGCUGAAAGUAUGGCUGGCACUUGUGAUAGUGCAGCUCGGCUAUGGUGGAUAUGGCGUGAUAGUUGCCAAGUUCGUCAAAUUUCAUAAUGUGAACCCUGUGUUGUUCGCUUUUGCUCGACUUGGCGGCGCUUUUCCUCUACUUCUUGUGACGUCAGUGAUAUUUGAACAAGGACUUCAAAUCCCAAAAUUUGAGGAAACUUUGCUGUUUGUUGUUCUCGGGCUAACAGGCACCGCUUUCAACAUCCUCCUCUGCGUGAUUGGGAUCUACUUCACAAACGCCAACAUCGCUACCAUAUUCCAAACAGCCACGCCUGUCUGGACAACCUUCCUGGCGAUCCUGACGCGCAUUGAGCCCCGCCCUCAGCUCACCCGGUUGGACGGAUGGGCGCGCAUCUUCGGUAUCGUGCUCGCCGCGCUAGGUGCCAUUGUCAUGAUGCUGUGUAGUAAUGUAGGGGACAGCAUCAAACAGAUUCUCCGACCUUCCUUGGACGAGAUUAUCGGCUGCUGCUUCUUACUUGGAAACACGUUUUGCAUGGCUACUUACAUCCUCAUUCAGAAAAAGUACGUCUUUAACAAUGAUGAUUCCCUUUGGAAGACUAGACCGAUCGGGGUGACCGCGUGGAGCUACCUUGUGGGCGCACUCACUAUGGCGAUGGCGUCCAUGUUUUGUCUGCGAAGGCCUGAAAACAUGACGUUUGUGGCAGGAGACCAAGUCUACUCAGUUUUGUACGCCAUCUUUAUCGCCUCGUUUCUAUGCGACAUGUUGAUCACAUGGUGUAAUAUGCAUAUCUCGUCGUCCGUGGUUACGGCCACGUGGCCGCUCCAGGUUCUAGUCAGCGUGGUAUUGUCUUACAUUGUGCUAAAUGAGCUUUUGAAUCCGCUUCAGUACAUUGGCGGAACGUUAAUUAUACUAGGGUUGGUCAGCGUGGUGUGGUCGAAUUACAGCACGGAAUCGGAAAGGAAAGAGAGCGCGCUACGGGCGCAUGGAAUUACUACGGCGGAGGGGAGGGAGGAGAUGACAGCCUCACCUCGUCAAAACACUAAGGAUGGUCACGUAGAAUAAACAAGGCUUGUCUACGGUGGAGGGGGAGGAGAUGAAAGCCUCACCUCGUCAAAACACUAAGGAUGGUUACGUAGAAUAAACAAGGCUUGUCUACGGUGGAGGAAGGGAGGAGAUGAAAGCCUCACCUCGUCAAAACACUAAGGAUGGUCACGUAGAAUAAACAAGGCAUGCCUACGGUGGAGGGGGGGGGGAGGAAAUGACAGCCUCACCUCGUCAGAACAAGAAGGACGAUCACAUAGAAUAAACAAACCGCGUCUAAGGAUUGAACUCUACGAGGCCUUUACAUCAAUUCUACCAAAAUCUUCCGGCGUCUGAACCGUGCUUUGGAAUAUGUAUGGCAACCAAAGACCCCUAGGGUUAAAUAAACUAUCAAGCAGACUUCA